UUAAAAGUGGGUGUGCACAGCUAGAACGUGGCAGAACCAGCGCAGAGCAGAAGGGUUUUCACACCUCUUUGGACUUUUCUGGAUUGACAGCUUCACCUGCUUUCAGGAUGUCUUUGCAAGGCAGUUUUCUGACCGAUGACCAGUUUCUGUGCUCCAUCUGCCUUGAGGUGUUCACCAACCCUUGUUCCACACCAUGCGGUCACAGCUUCUGCAUGGCUUGCAUCUCCAGAUACUGGGAUGGAACCAAGGUGACCCAGUGUCCAUUAUGUAAGAAGACCUUCCAGAAACGGCCAGACCUCCAGGUCAACAGGACUCUACGAGAGAUCACAGAGCAGUUCAAAUCCAUGACGGGUGGAGAGGUAUCAGGAAGGGAGAAGAACAGAGGAAAAGGAGGAUUUAAAGGAGUUGAAGAAUUAAAGAAGAGGAAGACGCCUCGGAGGCUGCCAGAGGCCCAGAUAACCCUGACCCGCGAGCCCAUCUCAACUUUGGCUCCUCCAACCACAAACUCCCUGGCUUCGUCGGUACCGAAAGACACAGAGCUCACAAGCCCGAACCAGGACUGGACACAUCCCCCGCCUCCCAACUCCCGCUCCAGCGGCCGCCGAAGGUUCACCCUGAGUGGCGCCGCUAGCCUCCAGAGUCUCCCGCUGUGCGACAUCCACCGGAGGGGAAUACUGGUUUACUGCAGGACCGACCACGUGUUCAUCUGCCCCGAAUGUGAGACCGAGGACCAUUACGACCACGACACCGUGACUAUUGAGGCUGAAUGGAUGGAAACCAAGGCCAAACUUGUUGUGUCGGAGCAGCAGAUCCAGGAAAUGAUCCAGCAGAAAACGAGAAAGAUCGAAGAGAUCAGGAUGUCAGUGACAGAGUUGGAGGUGGCGAUGGAGCGGGAGACGGUGGGCAGCGUGGGUCUGUUCUCCAUGCUGGCCUCCGCCAUCGAGCGCUCCCAGGCUCAGCUGAUGGAGGUGAUGGAGAUCAGCCGCCGGACGGCCGAGCGCCAGGCCGACGCCAUGAUCCGGGACCUGGAGAGGGAGGUGGAGGAGCUCCGGAGGAGAGAGAGCGCGCUGGCCGAGCUGGCCCAGUCAGACGACCACUUGCACUGCGUUAAGAUGUUCUCCACCAUCUCCAACCCCCCACCCACCAAAGACUGGACUGCAGUGUCCGUGAACGCCGACCUGGGGACAUCCAUGGUCUACAGAUCUCUGGCCGCUCUGGUGGACAAGUUCCAGAAAGAGUUGAAGAACGUCCUAGAAACCGGUUUCCCUACACCCGGACUGGAACCGAGUCCAGUGCGACAACAGCCCAGGGUCAAGAGGGUUCAGGAAUAUGCACUGGACGUUACUCUGGACCCGACCACUGCCCACCCCAGACUGGUGCUGUCAGAGGACCGCAAAAGUGUGAGGUGUGGAGGUCGGCACCAGCUGGUGCCGGACAACCCAGAACGCUUCGACAGGGUGGUGUGCGUGCUGGGGAGGGAGGCCAUGUCAUCCGGAAAACAUUACUGGGAGGUGGAAGUGGGCGGUAAAACCGACUGGGACCUGGGCGUGGCCCGGAGAUCGGUAAACAGGAAGGGGAAAAUCGACUACACACCAAACAACGGCUUCUGGUUCCUGAGUCUGAGAAACAGGAGUAAAUACGCCUUUCGCACCGAACCGUCCACAGACGUCCACAUGAACCUCCCGCCACAGAAGAUCGGGAUAUUUGUGGACUACGAGAAAGGACAGGUGUCGUUCUACAACGUUGAUGCCAAAGUCCACAUCUACACUUUCAAUGACAUUUUCAGUGAGAACGUUUACCCGUUCUUCAGCCCGUGCACGAAUAAAUCAGGGAAGAACGACAUGCCUCUGAUAAUCACACCGGUCAACAUGUCGGACUAGAGCCCGGCUCUUUGGUUAGUACAAGUGCUCUGUAAAGAUAAGAGUGAACGAAUAAUAAAUAAUAAAUAAAUAUUUAAGAACAAAAGAAUCCGCAGAAUCCAUCACCAGCGUCUUCAGUGUGUGUGGACUGACGUCAGACGGAUCAGUUUAACAUGUUUUAAUGUAAUAAUUUAUCAAACUAAUCACAUUACGAUACAUUUACAGACACAUGUACUUGAGCAUUAAGUCAGUUUCUCAGGAUUAAACCUCUAAAAAACACAGCAGUCUGAUUUCUGCUGAUGGUAAAAAUGAGGCUGUUUAGCUUAGCUUAGCAUAAAGACCAGCAAAAGUCUGGCUGCCGACUCGAUUAUCUAACAAUUUAUUAUGCUAAGGUAGGCUAACAGUUUCACCAGAGUGGAAGACAUUCACAUAACGUAACAAUUUUAUCUUUAAAACGUGACAAUCUCCCCAUUUGAAACAAAAACAUGUCUUUCCAUUAGUAUUUGAAAUAUUAGUACAGUCACUUUGCAGAUGUGUCAUUAUGUAUAUAUACAUAUCUAUGCAGUGUUUUACUCUAGUUACUAUUCACUGAUUCCAGUUUUCUUGGUUAACCUACUGAUUCAAAAUCAGCCGGUUAAAGUCGGACAGGUUCCUUCAAAGUUUAUUUCUUUAAUCUUUGGCUGUAAAAUAGUUAAAUGAUAAACCUUCACAUGGUAAAUGUAAACUUCCCAUCUCCAGCUGAUCCAACGCUGGAUCUCUAAUUCUACUCAGUGGAAUUGUACUUUAAAAAAAAAGAAAGUAUGAUAUGUGAAGUAUUUGUACAUUUUAAAUCAAUUGUCUCUAAUCUUUUUGACUUUUUGUCUUUUAAAGUUUUGUAUCUUUCUAAUAUUUGUGAUAUUAAAUGAAGUGUGAACACACAAAAGCAGCGU